AUGCUCACUCCAGCUGCCGAGAAGUCCACUUCGGAGAAGUCCUCGGUUUUUGUCAGCCUGGACACCAUCAAAGUCCGGUCAAAGUACUUGUGGAGGCUAUUGCAGAGCCCUUGCCGUGGAAAUGUCGUGAGGCAUGAGGAUGGCCGCUUCACAGUGGAGAUCCACAAGUACUCUUUUGAGGCGCUGGAGGCCUACGGCCGAUAUUUGCAUGAAGAUCACAUUUUUUGCAGGCCCGAAGUGGCGAUGGAGCUCCUGGAGUUGGCAGAGGAAUAUGUGGACUCCACUGGAUUGGCAGAGCAAUGCGCGCAGCUGGUGAGGCGAACUGUGUGCCAAAGUAGCUUAGCGACCUGCGUGGCGUCUUGCCUAUUUUUGCGCCGAGCGGCCCUGGCUGUUGAGCUGACAAAGUUGAGACUUUGCGUCGAGAAUUGCUGCGAUGUGUUGCAAGUCUUGGAAAGCAUCGACUGCAUGGACCUGCAGGCUCAAUACAUUCGAAGCAUCGUAAUGAACUUUGCCGCUGGCAAUGCCACAGCAGUAGUCAAGUCCGAACGCUUCAACCUCCUGGCAGAUGCCUUGAAAAGUCGCCUUUUCAUCAAAUUGGCGACCAUGGGUUUAUUGAAGACAUGA